ACUAAUCACUAUCUAGUGAUUCUAUGUAGGCCUAAGUUAAUUAUUCUGUUUAAGAUAACCACGCUUCUACAAAUAUGUGUUGCAUGAUAUCUUUCGUUAAGUUUAUAGACGUUAUCAUAUAACAAUGAAAAACAACAACAAAAGAGCGUGAAUGCUUACGUUAGUGGUGUGCUUGUGUCGUUUUGGUCCUAGUGUUGAUAAUACUUAAAGUGUUGAACUUCAUGUCAUUUGUUCUAUGUAGGUUAUUUUUCUAGUUUUAAAAACUUUUGCAGCAGCAAUAUCAUUCGUCUUGUAUUGGAUUAUAUUAUACAGCAGAUUUAUAAGAUGAGACCUUACCAGCAAGUAGCAGAGGUCGUAUCAAAGCUGCACAAUUUAGACUCCAUUAAAGAAUCAUUGAAGAAACUCCUUGUGGAUAUUGAUUUAUUGAAGAACAUUACUAUUUAGGCCAAGACAAAAGGCGAAUCAUGGAUUGAAGAAAAAGAAGAAUCAAGUUAUCAGGAAAUAAUGCAAUUUAUAGCUAAAAAAACAUCAGAAAUACUUCAAUGGUUAUUGUCUAUUACAAAACAAUAUGACAAACGUAACAAGAAUGUCGCAGAUAAAGUUUUGCAUUCUGAAGAACUACAAUCAAUAAAUAAUAAUGUUGAAGACUUAAGAUCAAAUGUAAAAUUACAAACCAAAAAACUUCAAAAGCUGCAACUGAAACUGAAAGAACAACAGACACUAGCUAGUACAUCACGAGAAUUAGAAGCAAAGUUUCUUGACUUUAAAGAGCAAAUCCUCCAAGAACUUCAUUCCGCCAGUACAUUUAUGUCAGAUUUACAGCUCAAGUGUAAUUUGAUAUCAAAGGAAUUUAAAGAGCAUCAAGAACUGGAUGAUGAUAAUGAUAAAAAGAUGGCAAUGAUUAGUCAAAAGACCGAAACUGUCGUUAAACAGCAAGAAGAACUUAGUAUCACGAUGGGGAACAUAAUGAGAAAGAUGGAUUCUUUAGAAAGUGAGCAAAACAAUAUACAAGAUCAUAUGAGAGACAAUAGGAGAUUUACAGAAGCUUUAGCUCAAAUCGUUGAUAAAGUAAAAGCAACAGAAAGAAAAACGACUCAAAAGAAAGAAAUACCAGAGUUUGUAUGUAAAUUUACAGGACUCUCUGACGUUCCGUGUGUUAUGAACUGUUUUCAUAUGAUAGGCCAACAUGAACAGCAAAUCUCUGAAGAUGGAUGGUCUGACCUGGAUACACAUCUAACAGACUGUGAAAAAAAUCCGGGUCAUACAAAUUUAAUACCAGUGGAAAAUUUUAAACUUGACCAUUUACCAUCAGGUCAUCGUAACAUAGAUUUGUUUGAAUUUAUUAAGACUGUUGCUGACCUGACAGUAAAGGUUGCCGUCACCUCGGUUAGUCCAAACAGACCUGAGUUUUGGCCAAACACAAAUAUUCCAUAUUAUUUUUACAACCAUAAAGAAAGUCCAACUCAGUUCUUGAGAUUUGGAAGUGGAGUGAUAAAUAAUGUGUCAAAGUUCACAGGAAGAGCAUGUCCCUGUGAUAAAUGUGAACAUUCAGACAAUCCAAGUAAAGAAUGGUGGAGUCUCAAAGUAGGCACAUCAGCCAAUUUAAUUUUUGAUGAAAUCGAGGCUAGUGUCACUAGCUUGCGAUUGUUUUAUGAUAACAAAGACAGUGCUGAGCUUGUUGUCAAAGUUACUUUUACUGAUUUUUUCAAAGAUAUAAAUAGAGACAUUUGUGUGUUUACAUGCGUGGCAUGUGACAAACGACUCAGUGUUCUUGCAAAAAUGGUGAAGCGUAAUAAUGAGCUCAACAAGAAGGUUUUCGAAAACUACUUACAAUCUCGAGACCAUUGCAAGUUGAUGUUUAUAGUGUCACAUCCUCAUGGAUGUCAUAAGCAGAUCAGUAUAGGUCAAUGGAAGAGCAAACUUAAAGUAAGUGACGGAUCAAACAGGUUCACACACUUGACGUGUACAUGUCCAGGAAGUACUGGAGGUGCUGUCCUGUGUGUGGGAUAUGGCUGGCAUGCCCACAGUGGAAGUUUGAAAUCUGGUCUUAAUUACAGUAGUUCUUAGAUUGUUUAUACUGUUUCUUUAAUUAUUACUCAUGUAAAGAAAAAUAUAUAAUAAAUCUUAAAUUAAAGUAGGGCAUUUUAUAUGUAUCUUUUUCGAUUAUCAUUACACAUAUAUUUGCAAAAAAAAAAAAAAGAAAAAUUUCGAAUGCAUUUUUUUUUUAAUGAUAAAAAGAAAUUUAAGUUCUUGAUAUAUUGAAUGUAAUAUAGUAAUAUUAAUAACAGUUUUAGAUUGUUUAAAAAUGUUUAUAAAGUCCUAUGCUAAACCCAGCAUAUGAUUUAUAUGCAAAUGUUGCUCAUUAUAUGUAUAUAACAUGGCAUUUUUGUUUAUAUUUAUGUAUUUUAUGUAUAACUGAUACUUAAUGUUUCCAAUAGUGGAAGGUAUAUAUUCUACAUAUAUUGUUUUUACAUUAAUUAGAUUUUUCUAUUACAUUGUGUUCGAGUAAACCUGCUGCAUGGAUGUUUGUGUCCUCAACAUCAAUUGUGUAAGAUGUUUUGAGCUGUUGUAGAACAAAUCCUCAGGAUAAUAAAUUAUUAUUAUUAAACUUUACUUAGACUUAGGUCCUCCCGCGCCGUUCGGCGCAUUGGGCGGCAAGCUGUCUCCAUAAUGAUCUGUCACUGGCAAUGUCUGAAGCCUCUUCCCAUCUGGUGUCCACUGUUCUGAGGUCCUCCAUGAAGGUGUGUCGCCAGGUAAUACGAGGACGUCCCUGUUUGCGCUUUCCUCGUUUUGGCUUCCAUGUUAUCGCAACUCUUGGUGUGCGUAAUUCAUUUUGACGUAGAACAUGUCCCGCAAACCUCAUGCGACGCUCAGUCACAACCUCACUAAGUGUUCGACUCCCAGUUCGGCAAAGGAUUUCCUUGUUUGAGAUCCGGUCUGUGUAACUGACUCCCAAAAUCCGUCUCAGCCAUCUCUGUUGAGCCACAUUUAGUCUUUUCUCAAUUUUGACAGAUGACUUCCACGUCUCACAUGCAUAUGUAGCAGUUGGAAUGACGAUUGUGUUGAGAAGGUGUAUUUUUGUCUCGAGUCCAAUGGCUUGGCUAGUCCAAAUAGGCUGCAGCCUUUGGAAAAUGCUCCCUGCCUUUCCUAUUCGGCACGCUACAUCAUGGUAAGCAUCUCCAUCAUUUGUUAUGAUGCUGCCAAGGUACGUGAACUUGUCCAGCUCUUCAAGCUUUGACUCGCCAAGUCUGACGGGGACACCCUUUGCCUUAUAUCCCACUCGCAUAAUUUUAGUCUUAUCCAAGUUUAUGCGGAGGCCAAUUUUGGGUGCCUCUCUGUCUAGGCUCUCCGUCAUUUCUUGAAUGCAUUUAUUUGUAGCCCCGAGUAGUGCAACAUCAUCAGCAAAGUCCAAGUCCGUCAAUCGGAGUUGUUCAUGCCAUGGAAUACCAAAGGCAGUCUGGUUCAUUGCUCUCCUCAUUAUGUAGUCGAUGGCUAGGAGGAAAAGGAAGGGAGAUAAGAUGCACCCCAGUCUCACACCUGUCUCGAUUGUAAAAAACUCUGUUGUUCCCUCUUCUGUUUUAAUGCAGCAACUAGACUGACUGUAAAGGUGUCGUAGGAUCUGGACGAAUUUUUCUGGUAUACCGUAUUCUCUAACUAUUUUCCAUAGUGAUUCUCGGUGGACACUAUCAAACGCUUUUUUGAAGUCCACGAAACUGAUCGUUAGCCGUUGUUGGUACUCAAAACUUUGUUCUAUGAUAUUUCGUAAAACGAAAAUCUGCUCUGUACAUGAUCUGCCUCUUCGGAAACCUGCUUGUUCUUCUCUGAGCCUUUCAUCUACAGACUGUUGAAGCCGUCUCAACAAAACAGUGCUGAAAACUUUGCCUGGGACAGAGAGGAGAGUAAUGCCCCUCCAGUUGUUACAGUCUGCCAAGUUGCCCUUUUUUGGAAGCUUUACAAUCACUCCCUUUUGCCAGUCCUCUGGGACUUUUGAAGUUCGCCAACAGAGAUUUAAGAGAUCAGUCAUUCUGUUAACAAUGCACUGUCCCCCAUAUUUUAGCAUUUCUGCUGAUAUCAUGUCUAGUCCUGGUGCUUUGUUAUUCUUUAGCACUGCAAUGGCCAUGGUAACCUCCUCAGCAGUUAUUGGGUCUGUCUUGACCUUGAGAUCAUUGUCUGGAGAGGGGUCCUUGAAUAUGUAAGUUAUGUCUGGCGACAGUUGGUUAAGGGUCUCUUUAAAGUGCUCUACCCAUCUUGCAUCCUGUUCUUCUUUCGUUAACAAAGUUUUGCCUUGCUUGUCUUUUAUUGGUGCCCCAUGUCCACUCUUUGCUCCAGUGAGAUCUCGGACAAUACGAUGGAGGGUUUUUGUGUCAUUUCUGCUUGCAGCUGCUUGUGCCUCUUGUCCCUUCUGCUCAAUCCAGUCCCGUUUAUCUUGCCGACAGCUUCUCUUUACUUUCAGAUCUGCUUCCCUAUAGGCUUCUUCCGCUAGGCUGCGAUCCUGUGUUUCAUUUUUCUGAUCUCGUCUACGUUUGGCCUCUUUCCUCUCAUCUAUCAAUAUUAUAUCUAUAUAUAUUAUUAAACACUGAUAUUAAUAAGAAUAGAUUACACACGUGACUUUCAAACAGAAGAUGCAAACGUUUUUACGCGUUCUAGAAAUAAAGUCCUAUUUAUUCUAUGGCACUUCUAAAAUUAGUAUUCUAGAGGAGAACAAAAUUCAUUACUUUUCCAGUAACAGCGUCAUCUGAGUAAUUUCACUUAAACUUCCAUAAUCGCUUAAUCUCUUGGUUUAUUUUAUUUUAUUUAUCAUUUUUACUAUAAUUAUAUAUCAUUUUUAUAAAUCAAUAAAAUAUUUAAACCCCGUUUGAUACAAUGUCUCAUGUAUAUUUAGUGCCGGUACGUGACGUUUUUGUGCCGCUGUUUUGGCGCCGCCGUUUUGGCGCAAGCCGUUUUGGCCUUGGGAACGUUUUGGCGCGAGAUAUAAUUUGACGAUAAUUUAAUAUGCACGUAUAAUAACAAUUUCUAUUUCACUCUACCUUAAUAUUGUAUGUAUAGUAUGAAUUGUAACACCGUCCAGCGAAUUGUUUUCUUUUAAUAUACAGGUUUUGAUUUAUUCAUGAAUAUAGGCCUAUAAUAAUUCAGAUUCCUGAAUGGUGAUGACAUGACAUCCCCUCUCCUUUAUUUAUAUGUGAGUUUUGCUAAUCGCACUGGAUGACAUUUUGUGAUUUCUUUCCAAAAGACAUUUUUUAUUUGACAUUAGUGUAAUACUUUUAUAUAACAAACACCAUGUUAACAUCUAUAGCUUUAUUACGCUGAAUGACGACAAUAACUCCACACAAAGUAAAGAUCAAGACACGGAAUGUGGUCAGUACAAACUCUAACGUGAAUUCACCAAUGUAAACAAACACUAUGGGCGACAAUAGACAGAAACAAAUUCACGAAACUAAGAUACUUUGAAAAGAUAUAUUUUGAGAAAUUGGGUAGGGAUGAUUUGGGUGACACAUCUCGCAUUGACGCAAAUAUAGUUAAACAAAUGAAGACAAGACCAGCACCAAGCACUGGUCGUUGGCAUUAUGCGUCUGGCGAUCAUCUCCUUGGGACUGGUCAUUACCUGUGACAUCUAUCCCGCCCCCUCUCUUCUGGGCACAUUUCACUCCUUGUAUUUACUCUUUCCUCCACCCCUUCCCUCUCUCACGCGUAUGACGAUAAUCAGUUUCUAGCACUCCACUAGGCAUCCCUAGGUGCAAAAUUAUAUAGAUACAUAACUCUAACCUGUGGGUAUAUAUUGCAAUGUCUUAAAGGGGUAGUUUACUUUUCUUAAGGUUAUUUGCAAGUAUCUAAAACAAUAGCCUAUACUUCUUAUGCGUUGAACAGGAACCUGUACCUGGUGUCAUUAAAACGUAUGACGUCUGCAGCAUUGUGUAAACAUCAACAGAUUGACAGAUAAAGCGUCGCGUCAAUGUUGUUCUCAAGCUUAAGCUAUAAUGAGUUUAUAUACCUGACGAAACAUGCACCUGAUUGUGCUGUAUUUAAAAUGCAGACCAAUAAAUUUCGUUUUACAGAAACAUAAAAAGUGAUUGGAGGUGGAGGAAUAGGGUUAAUUUGGUUGAACAACUAUUAAAAGGUCAAAAAGAGGUGAAAGAAACUAAUGAUAUAAUUUAGGGAGUAUUAGGUUACUCCAUACUUUAUAUAUAUUUGUAGACCAGUGGGGGAGAGGGGUAUCUGGGAGUAGGUUUUCCGUGCUACCUUUAGGCGCUCUGUAAAGACAACUCUGCACUAUUCGGGUGUCGAACCUCGAGCUACCUUCAUAGGUAGCCAAGCCAAACUAGGUUCAAGCGUACCUAGCCUCUCGACAAGGCUUAUAUUAUUAUUAAUUUGAACGAACAAACUACAUAUUAAAUUUAAAUUCCUUAUUACAAAAUGUGUUCUCUAAAUUUCACAACAUAUGAUGUUUGUAAAUAAAACAAACUAAACAUAUAGACCACUUGCUAUAUUCAUGAAGUGUAAGUGAGGUGGAGAACUGUUUCUUCAGACCUUAUAGUCACAUAAAUCUUAUACUACUUGAUCAGAUAAUUUUAUUUUAAAAUAUGUCAACAUUAACAUUGUUUGAUCUCUUUUUACAAAGCUUAUAUCUAUGCUGUCUAUAGGGGAGAUGAUGUCAAUGUCAUCUGUUUAUGUGUCCAUGAUUAACGAGGGUGUCAGUUGGCCAACACAAGACCAACCGCCUUUACUUUUCUCCAAAUAAUAUCAGGUACUCAUUAGAGCUGGGUGGACACAUAGGUGCCCUAAAUAUCCCAAAAUUAAAAAUUCUAGUCUUCAACAGAAUAUGAAGCCAGGACCCUCCGGAUUAAAUAAUCAAUCUGCAUAUUACAGUUCAUGACGUCAGCGUGGUGAUAUUAUUUAUUUGAUGUUUAAUUACUUAUGGUGAUAGCAUUUGAUAUGAAAACAAUUAAUACACAUAAGGUUUUCAGUUCAGUGUAUAGUAAUAAUUUAGCUUCAGUUCUUUUCAACACUAUGAUUUGAUUUAGACAUAAACAGGCAAUCUACACAAGUAAUUUAGUGGUUGUAUGAUCAGGUCACAAUACGCACUGUAAUGGUUUAGCUUGCAAAUAAUACUUAGUAAAGUAUGGGGCAAAGGUGACUAUAUCAAAGGAAACGAACAUGACAGCCAAGAAUACAGACAGACUCUUUAUUGACCCCUCAAUCCAAAGUUUUGAAGGUGUUAGUAGCUUAGAAUAUUGUUCAUGUUAAGAACACAAAAGGUAGUUAUGUUUAUUUGUUCAGACCCUUCUAAUACAAAGCUUCACGAUAUCUUACAAGAAAAACUUUAAAAAAAAAAAAAAAAAAAAACAC